AUUCCUUACUCUCACACUCUUCUCUCUGAGAGUUUCACUCCUCCUUCGAGAGCCGUAUCUCUCUUAUUACCGGGUUUGUAGGAAUGGAGGAUCAACAAUCUAGGUUUGAAUUGUUUGAGAAAUUCUCAUGGAAGGUUGAGAAAUUCGCUCGAGUGAGCAGCAUCCAGAAGGUUUACUCCGAGCCUUUUGUUCUUUGCGGCUAUCCAUGGAGGAUUCUUGUUUACCCAUAUGGGAACGGGGACAAUACAAACAGCAUGUCAAUUUAUUUGGAUACUAUGCAAUCUCCCAAUUCUUAUCAGGGAGGGACCAGAGAUGUGACAUUUAGGCUUGUUGUAUUUAAUCAGUUCGAUAGCACCAUGUCAAUCAAACAACAGACUCAUCAUGUGUUCAGUGAAAGGGAGAGAGACUGGGGUUUCACAUCUUUCAUGCCUUUAGUUGAGCUUCAUAAUCAUCGCCUGGGGUUUAUUGUGAACGAUAGUUGUAUUGUUGGUGCUGAGGUUUAUGUUCACAAUUCAAGAUAUGAGAAUGAAAUGAAUCGGACCGGUAACUUAAUGGCUUCACUAUUAUCUAACUCCAUAACAUAUGGUAGUCAUAUUAGUGGUGGACAUAUGGAAGUCCCAAGGCCUGAAGCCCAAGUCCCAAAUCUGGAAUCUCUUUCCGAAUUUCCUAUAUUAGUUCGUACUGAGCCUACAAGAGACAUUGACAUGGAAUUUUUCAAAUACUCAAUUGGUGAGCUUAUGGAUUUCAUGGGUUUAGGGCAAGUGGAAACGUAUUUUGUUCCACUACUAGAGAAAGCAUGUUCUCAACAUCCUUCACUCAUUGAGUGUCAGCAGAGGAGAAGUCGCAGGUUCACUGAAUGGGCUUUCACCGCUUUGGGCAGAGUUCUUUAUUUCCUUAAGACUAGAAAGGCGAAAGACAUGAAUGAUCAAGCUUGCAAGGAUCUUCAAAUUUUAUGGGAGGAACUUGAGAUAUUUGGAUUUGAUCUGGCUUGGCUAGAGCCUCAUGUUCAAUUUGCUUUAAGAAUGAAAAGUUACGUGGAGAAAGAUGUGCAGAUGGAGAUGCUGAAGGAGAAUGCGGAAGGUAUAGCGUUGGAAAUGGAGAGGCUUAAGACAAAAUUGGCUACUCUUGAGGUAGAUCUUAACAUAGCAAGAGACUUGUUGAUGGAAGAAGGCUUCAAUGGGAUAGAUUUGAAUGUUGAACUAGGAUAUGGGAUACCAUAGACCUCUUUCUCUACAUUAAUAUGCAUGUUUAUAUGGAUGGAUUUUUAAUGUCUUGAAUAAAUUGUGACUGCUUGUCUAUCUCUCUAAUAAUACAAUGUUAUUGCAGAUUCAUCUGUUGACAACUGAAGUCUUUUUAUUAUAUAUAUUCAACUAUUGUUCAUUGUUCAA